GUUUUGUCGGCCCUGCUCUCCCUAGCCAACUAGUUUUGUCUAUACCAGGUUUUCUCCACAUUGCCCUGCCCCACGGAACUUACCAAGCUUGAAAAACUUUAAGAACUUAAAAACUAAAAGUAAUACAGAAGAGAACUGCCCUCAGUCCACGCACCAGCCAGCUCCAUUAUGGCAACGCGGAGCCCCAGCAUUGUGAUUAGUGAUGAUGAAUCAGGUUAUGACCUAGAUUUAUUUUGUAUACCUAAUCAUUAUGCUCAGGAUUUGGAAAAGGUGUUUAUUCCUCAUGGAUUAAUUAUGGACAGGACGGAACGGCUUGCACGAGAUGUGAUGAAGGAGAUGGGAAACCAUCACAUCGUAGCCCUCUGUGUGCUCAAGGGGGGCUAUAAAUUCUUUGCUGACCUGCUGGAUUACAUUAAAGCACUGAACAGAAAUAGUGACAGAUCCAUUCCUAUGACUGUAGAUUUCAUUAGACUGAAAAGCUACUGUAAUGACCAGUCAACAGGGGAUAUAAAAGUAAUUGGUGGAGAUGAUCUCUCAACUUUAACUGGAAAGAAUGUCUUGAUUGUUGAAGAUAUAAUUGACACUGGCAAAACAAUGCAAACCUUGCUUUCCUUGGUCAAGCAGUAUAAUCCAAAGAUGGUCAGGGUUGCAAGCUUGCUGGUGAAAAGGACUCCUCGAAGUGUUGGAUACAGACCAGACUUUGUUGGAUUUGAAAUUCCAGACAAGUUUGUUGUAGGUUAUGCCCUUGACUAUAAUGAAUAUUUCAGGGAUUUGAAUCAUGUUUGUGUCAUUAGUGAAACUGGAAAAGCAAAAUACAAAGCCUAAGACGAGUGUUCCAAUUGAGUUUGGAGACAUCUAGAGUCCCCUUGAAAUCACUAGUAAAAUGAUGAAAUGUUCUACAUCUGUGGCCAGC